AUGGUUAAUAGAGAAGAUCUGGAAGAGAACGAGGAGGAGGACGAUUUGAGGCUUAAGCCUCGUUUUGUCUUAAAUCGAUUCCUGCACAACAUAUUUUGCUGCCAUGCUUUUCGACGGGCGAUGAAAGAGGCCCCAAAGUGGAGGAGGAAAAUGGAAAUCCUGAUCCUUCUACUAAUCGGAGUGCUGAGUUUUCUAAUUAGACUCUUCUCAGUCAUCAGAAAUGAAGCAAUAAUACACGAAUUCGAUCCAUAUUUCAACUAUAAAUUAACAAGAAUAUUAAAGGAAAAGGAAUUCUAUGAAUUCUGGAAUUAUUUUGAUGAAAAAUCUUGGUUUCCACUUGGAAGAACAACAGGGCAAACGUUAUUUCCUGGGUUGAUGGUAACUAUUCUUUUUAUUUAUCAAAUAUGUCAUUACAGUAAAUUCUUAAUUGAUUUAAAAAAUUUAUGUAUAUAUAUAGGACCCAUAUUCAGUUUUUUAACAUGUAUAAUAACAUAUUUAUUAACAAAAGAGAUACAUCAUUUUGGAGGAACAGGGUUAAUAGCUUCAUUAUUUGUUUCAAUAUCUCCAUCUCAUGUUUCAAGAACAGUUGCAGGUUCUUAUGAUAAUGAAUCUAUUGCAAUAUUUUUAUUACUUGUAUGUAUAUAUAACUGGGUUAGAUGCUUAAAAAAAGGUACUCUAUUGUCUGCUUUGAUAACCUCACUAAGUACAUAUUACAUGGCCUUAUCUUGGGGUGCAUAUAUAUAUAUUACAAAUUCGGUUAGCUUAUACAUGUUGAUACUCAUAAUAAUGAAAAGGUAUACUGUAAAAAAUGUAAUUGUUUUUAAUGUGUAUUAUGUGCUGACAACAGCUUUAUGUCUUACCAUUCCAUGUAUUCAUAAAUCCGUUUUUAUUAGCAUUGAACAUUUAGGUACUCAUGCAAUUUUUGUUUUAACCAAUAUGUUACUACUCUUGCGUCAUGUAAUUCUUUGUUUAAAUAUGGAUGAAGAAAAAUUUGCAAAUAAUUUUAUUAAAAUAUGUUUUAUUUUUUUUAUUUUAAUUUUUAAAUUUAUAAUCUUUACGAACAAAUUGUCAUGGAAUCAUAGGUCUAGAACAUUAUUAGAUCCCACAUAUGCAUCUAAACACAAUCCAGUUGUUGCAUCUAUAUCUGAACAUCAACCAACUACUUGGUCUUCUUAUUUUUUUGAUGUGCAUCUAGUUUUGUUAUUUGUGCCAAUUGGUCUAUAUGAAUGUCUAAAAAAACAAGCAUCAAUAGAGUCCUUUUUUUUAGGUAUCUUUUCAUUACUCUCUUUGUAUUUCUCAGCACUCAUGGUUAGACUACUCCUCAUAUUCUCACCCAUUGCCAGUAUCUUGAGUGCUAUUGGAUUGUCUUCAAUCAUAUCUCGGUACGUCCGAUUUCUGAGAAUCCCACCAGACACAUUUAUCGCAUCUCUCUUCGUGGGACCCGAGACCUGCACCGGCACCACUGAGGGAAGCGAGUUGAGCAAGUUAAGUGUGAUAAGUGAUGAGAUGAGAACCGAGUCAAUUGGUGAGACUAAAAUCGAAUCAAUUGGCAAGACUAAAACCGAGUCAAUUGGUGAGACUAAAAUCGAAUCAAUUGGCAAGACUAAAACCGAAUCAAUUGGUGAGACUAAAAUCGAAUCAAUUGGCAAGACUAAAACAGAAUCAAUUGGCAACUCCAGUAGCUUGUUAAGUGGCUCGUCAAGCGAGGAGAUGGGAACGAGUGAAGAAGAGGAAGAAAUAAGAAAACUAAACUUCAACAGAACCGAGAAGAACAGCGUGUCGAUCGUGCUAAGUUUGUGCAUAUUAAUAGUGCUAGCAUACUUUGUAAUUUUGUCUGUUUUGCACUCCACAUGGUGUUCAUCCGUUGCAUAUUCAGAAUCGAAUAUAAUAUUUUACAGUAGAAAUGAAAAUGGAGAAAGAUAUAUAAAUGAUGAUGUAAGGCAGAUGUAUAAAUGGAUUUAUGAAAAUACGGAACCCGAUUCUAAAAUAGUAGCUUGGUGGGAUUACGGAUAUCAGUUAAACGUUAUGAGUGAUAGAAUAACCUAUGUUGAUAAUAAUACAUGGAACAAUAUGCACAUAGCAACAGUAGGUUUGAUUCUAAGUGUAAAUGAAAAACAAGCAUAUGAAUAUUUGAAAAAGUUAGAUGCAGAUUAUAUACUAGUAUCAUAUGGAGGAUACUCCAAAAAUUCAUCAGAUGAUUUAAAUAAAUUCUUAUGGAUCCUAAAAAUAACAAAUAAAAAGUUUAAUCAUAUUAACCCAUUGCUUUAUUAUUAUCAUGAUCAGUAUCACCCUCUUGGAAAAAAUGCAUCCACUUCCAUGUCUAAUAGUCUACUAUACAGACUUUCAUAUUAUAAUAUAUCCAACUCUAAAAUAAAAGGAUAUGAUUAUGUACGCAAGCUGCAGGUACCAGAGAUUAAAGAGUUAACUCAAUUCGAGGAGGUUUUUACAUCAGAUGUAUGGGGAUUUAGAUUGUACAAAGUUAGGGAUUACAUCUAA